AUGCCAGUUGUGAAAAGUUGGGAUAAGAUCCAACAAGUUGAAUAUUUGGAUCCACCUAUCAAAUCAGAGAACGACAAGAGGGAAUAUAGAAGCCUCAGAUUACCAAAUGGUUUAGAAGCUUUGCUAAUAUCCGAUGGAUAUUUAACAACAUCCUCUUCUAAAGAUAAGAAGCAAGAAAAGAAGGCAGCGUGUAGCUUAUGUGUGAACGUAGGAUAUUUCAGCGAUCCACCAGAAUUUCCGGGCAUAUCACAUUUCUUAAGUUAUAUGCUUUUUCAAGAACCCGAAAAAUCUUCAAAACAAACUAAUUUGGAAAAUUUUAUCCUUGACUGUGAUGGCACUAAUUGUGUCUUAGUGGACCACGAGUAUACAACAUUUUACUUUGAUACCCAAGAAAACAACUUGUUUAUAACUCUCCACAAUUUUAGUCAUUUUUUUGCUAAUUCUAUAAUGCUGAAACGUACAUUUAUGGAGAAGGCAGAUACCAUAAAAAGCGAGUUUCAGAAAGACUUAUUUAUUGGCAAGAUGAAAUACCAACAACUAUUUAACUCUUUCGCACAAAUUGGUCAUCCAGCCAACAAGUUUCCUGUGGACCAUUUAAUAAAUUUGCGCAAUAAUAUAGAUUACGACAAAUUGUACGAUGUGCUAGACAAAUAUAAAUAUCGCCACUACAGCGCUAACAGAAUGAAGCUAGCAAUACGGUCGGGACUACCGUUGAAUACAAUGGAAAAAUUUGUCACAGCGUGCUUUGGCAAUAUACCAAAUAACCGGAUGUCUCCAGAUAAUUUUUUCAAAUUUAAAAACGAUCUCCCUUUUGAUACUCCUGCUUUCCGAAAAAUGUAUAAAGUUGAUGAUGAUGCGGAACUUUUAACACGACUAGAAAUAACAUGGGCCUUGCCUUCGUUACCCGAUUUUUAUAAAUGUAAUUCAUAUCAAUAUAUCUUGUGGAUUAUUGGAUAUGAAGGAAAAGGUUCCUUAAUUAGUUAUCUACGCAAAAAAAUGUGGAGCCCUACAUCAGAUAAUAAUAUGUUUUGUUGUAACAGUCAACAGAACUCUUUGUACAGCUUAAUACAGCUUACCAUAACACUCACUUCUGAAGGACGAAAACAUCUGGAAAAUGUUCUAAAUGCGAUAUUUUCUUUUAUCGAUUUACUAAAGACAGCAGGUCCACAGAAAGAAAUUUACGAUGACAUUUUUAAGAGUAAAACAAAUAUUUUUAGAUUUACUGAUUAUGACAAAGAACCAAUCAGUUUUGUAAAACAAUUGAGUAAGAAUAUGCAUUUGAAUCCGCCGAAUGCAUACAUAUGUGGAAACCAGCUUAAUCCUAAUUAUGAUUCAAAAGUUAUACAAAAAUGUUUGAAUUAUUUGGCGCCUGAGAUGGCGAAUAUUAUGAUUUUCUCAGACGAUUUUUAUGGUUUCGAAUUAAAUAAAGUUGAACCAUGGUGGCAAACGGCAUAUACGGAUAUUGAAAUAUCGAAAGAGUGGAUAGAAUAUUGGAAAGCCAUCAAGCCAUUACCAGAUUUUAGUUUACCGUCACCGAAUAUAUUCCUUACCGACAACCUUCUUCUAAUACCGUUGCCAAAAGAAAUUCCGAAAUAUCCUAUAAAAUUAUACAGUAAUCCUGUGUCGGAGAUUUGGUAUCGCCCGGAUCCUAAGUUUCGUUUGCCAAGAUGUUAUAUGUAUUUCCAUUUUAUUUCCCCUCUAAAACUUCAGUCGUUGAAGAAUGGAGUUCUCAUGGAUAUGUACUGCAGAUUAUUUAAACAGUUAUUAGUCGAAGAAUUAUAUGCAGCAGUAAAGGCUGGAUUUAAAUAUGAUAUCAAUGUCAGUAACACGGGUUUUAUAUUACAAAUAAGCGGUUAUAAUGAAACUCUGCCACAUAUCACUUUCAAAAACUUUCAAGACUUUGUGAAAUCAUUUACCGAAUGUCUAUACAUUCAAUGUCUCGUGCAAGGAAAUAUAACGCCGAUUGCUGCGAUCAAGAUCAUAGAGCAAUUUAUUAAAACAAUGAAUUGUAGCCCUUUACAUCCAAAUACGAUACAACAGCUUAGAGGCACCCAGAUACCUUUAGGCACAAGCUAUUAUAAGAUUAAAAAUAUCAACAAAUUAGAUACAACUUCAAUGAUAACAAAUUAUUAUCAAGCCGGCGUCACAACAAUUGAAUUAUCGACAUUAAUACGUUUGUUAGUCUUUAUAAUGGACGACAAGUUACACGAGGGUCUACCCAUUGAAAGGUUUAUAUAUAACGUAAUCGACUUUAGAGAUAUUAACGGAGUUUUAGGAUAUUCCAUUACUGUUUGCACUCAAGCAGAUAAAUACGCAACCGAGUACGUUGAUAAGAAAAUCGACGAAUUUUUGAGAUGGUUUAAAUACAAUUUGAAAAAGUUUACAGAAGAGGAAUUGAAUCUUUACAAAGAAAUGUUCUUAAAAUCUAGACUACGUGACGAUGUUACUCUUGAAGACGAAGUUAACAGAAACUGGAAGGCGAUCGUGAAACGUACUUACAUAUUUGACUUAUACGAACAGGAAAUACUUGCUCUAGAGAAAAUUAAUGUUAAUAAGCUAAGGGAAUGGUUUGCAGACCAUACAUCUAACGGAAGUAAUUUUAGAAAAUUGAGCAUACAUGUUGUAGGAACUAUUCCUAAAAAAGCGAAUUACAUUGGUUUGGAAUACAUAAACAACGAUCAUCAGCAGAAUAAGCAAAUUAAGAAUCAUCAUAUUACUAAAGUAGAAAAUUACAAGAAAAAACUCUUCAUGUUUCCAACUAAGGGUUCCAAUAAUCCUCUCAGAGCGCAGAAUAAGUGA